AGAGAGAGAGAGAGAGAGAGAGGGAGAGCACCAUGUGCACGUUAGAGAAGCGCGGCCACGUUUUCGUCCUCACCCUCUCCGGGGAGGGCGAGCACCGCCUCAACCCCACCCUCAUCGACGCCAUCCAAGACGCCUUGGGCCAAGUCCGAGCCGACCCCACCCCCGGCUCGGCCCUUGUCACAACCGCCCAGGGUAAGUUCUUCUCCAACGGUUUCGAUCUCAACUGGGCCAAAGCCGGUGGAGCCGCUUCCCAAGAACGGGUCCACCAGAUGGGCUCGAAAUUCGAACAGAUCGUGGCCGAUCUGAUGUCGCUUCCGAUGCCAACCGUCGCAGCAGUUACGGGCCACGCCUCCGCAGCUGGCUGCAUGCUGGCGCUGAGCCACGACUACGUCUACAUGAGAAAAGACAGGGGCUUUCUUUAUAUGAGCGAGCUCGAUAUUGGCCUUCCCUUCCCCGAUUAUUUCAUGGCCAUGAUGAGGUCGAAGAUCGCUGCCCCGAGGGCUCGGCGCGACGUGGUUCUUAGGGCCGCGAAGAUCAAGGCGGAAGAGGCCGUCGAGAUGGGGAUUAUCGAUGAGGCGCACAGUAGCCCCGGUGAGACGGUGGAGGCUGCGAUGCGCCGUGCGGAGGAGCUGGCAGGGAGAAAGUGGGACGGCGAGGUGUACGCUUCGAUAAGGAAAGCGACAUUUUCGGAGAUUUCGGGAGUGCUGGGGCUGGUGGAGAAGUUAGAUAUAGCUUCGCGCCUCUGAUGCGCGGUAGAUCGGGAGAUGUAUUGACCGUUCAUCAGAAUGCAGGUGUAGGUAGGGAUGACUUUGGCACUGAUCUCGGGGCUAAAGCAACAAGAGAGGAGGACGGAUAUUACGAGGAAGAGCCGCAUCAGGAAGCGGCGGAAUAUUAUGAAUUGAAUCAGUAGAGGCUGUAUUUUGUUUUAUUUUAUUGGCACAAUUGAAUUUAUAAGUUUUGUAUUUGCAUCCCCAGCCGAG